AUGGACAAAACACUCGACCCCGCGAUACUUGCAGGUAUACAACACCUCCCUCCCCCUCGCAAAAGUCAACCACAAAACUAAGAUUUCACCACAGCAUUACCCACCGGCUGCAACAUAACAUCAGUGAAGCCGCACGGCAGCGGAAGCUGGUCCACAGGGUACAAAAUCGCAACUUCCGUAAACGGCGCAGAAGUGGAAUUUUUCCUCAAAGUCAGCUUUGCAUCAACAUUGGUUGUACAUCAACAGAAAGAAGUCCAGCUAACAAGAAAUCAAAAAAACGUCAGAUCAUCCAACGACCCACCCACGAAAAGCUAGCAGCAGGAGAAUACACCAGCCGAAAAGAACUCCAAAAAUACCUCCCCGACAGCAUUUCCAUCCCCCUAGCACACGGGCCCCUAACAAACGACACUUCCUCUUCCUUCUUCCUAACCCCCUUCCGCGAUCUGAGUACCGAGCUCCCAACUCCCAUCCAACUCGUAGAUGUUCUACAGAAGUUACACCAAACAUCCCUCUCGCCGACGGGAAAAUUCGGCUUCCAUGUCACGACCUACAACGGGAUCGUACCUUUGCUUAACGAGUGGUGCGAUACAUGGGAAGAGUAUUUUACUCGCCAGCUUUACUCCGAUAUCGAGUGGUCUCAUCGUAUCCUCGGCCCUGACCCAGAAUUCGAUAUCGUGGCCGACGAGUUUUUCAAAACGGUCGUUCCUAGACUCCUAAGACCGCUACAGACGGGUGGGAGACACAUCGAUGCGGUGCUUGUACAUGGAGACGUAAGGUCUGGGAAUGUAGAGAUUGAGAAGGGGACCCGGCGUGUUAUCCUUUUUGACGCGUGCUGUUGUUACGCGCAUAAUGAGGGUGAGUAGAGAACAUCGAUCGUUGGUAAAUGUGCUUAUGCGUGUAUUUUAGUGGAACUUGGUAUGAUGAGAGAACCACGGUAUCAAUUUACUGGCGAGUAUUUGAAGAGGUAUAUGGAAGUUGUGCCAGCUUCUGAGCCCGUGGAAGACUUUGAUGAUCGAAACGCAUUGUAUGCAAUGUAAGUUGCCCCUCUCCCCCUUUAUUACUCUUCCUGACAGAACAAAUCUUGUCUAGGCGAGAUAACAUCAUAAAUUCAGGCCUGCAUUCACAUCGAGCAUUCCUGCGAAAACAGUGAGUGAUACCUACUCGUACUUUCAAAAAUUUCUCUCAAGAGAUCUGCUAGCGCUAACAGAAAAUCCACAGAGCUCGGAAAGAAAUGCAGAGACUUAUUGACAAGAACCCCAAGGGAAUCGACGGAUUCCGAGAUCCAAAAUAAGGAACCUGUAAUACAGUAAGCCUCAACGUAAAAACGUACGUAACUCAGCUCACAAAAACAAAUACAAAAAGCCUUCUACAUAAACAAACCCGAAGAUCGCUAUAUCAUCCCUCCCAGAGUAUCGAGGCACGAAAAAAACGUACACUUAAAAGAG